AUGGGUCAGAGAGCAUUGUGCCGAUGGAUUCGCAGACGACCCGUUUUACGAAGCCGACGCUCAUGGCGUGGAUCUCCCCGUGUCUAUCCACCAAGGGGUGCACCCGGAAUAUCUCGAGAAGGGAACUGCGGGAUUAUCGACUACUUCAAGAAGCAGCUGUUGUCGAAGUGGCUGCAGUCGACGGAGCUACUCGUGGUGUGCUACGAUCGACAGGAACUGGUGCCCGUGAUCAAAGGACACGAACAGCUUGGGAGAAGCGAGAAACUUGCUGAUGAUGUCUGGACCGGCGACACCAAGCCGAAUGGAAUCGUCGCAUUCUAUGGCGUUGGAGGUGAGCCUGAUCUGAGUGCUGAUCAUCCACCUGGUGUAGAUGCCGAGGGCAUAGGUCUCGAGAUGGCAAGGGAAGGUGCCGGGGAGGCGCUUCCCGAAACUGAACCACUCCUUUACUUUCGAGACAGAACCGACACGAUCGAGGGCGUCGAGCGACAGCGUGGGCCAUACAUCGGCGAGGCUGAGCUCUCCGUGAUACACUUCAUUGCUUGGGCGAAGAAGUACUGGGGGAAAAGCUUCGACAAGUGGGUCGUUUCAUCGGUAGACACGGACCUAUGGAUGAUCAUUCUACUGGCGAUGACAACUGGUUGGCUCACGCCCCGUGGCGAGAGGGCAGUUGAUGUGACAGUUCUGAGGGUCGUGGGUGGCGAGACCAAGUUCCUGUGGAUGAACGGAGUGUUCGCCAGCAUCUGCGAACUCCCUGACAGAAGCGAGUCCGCGUGGCCGCCAUUGACCUUCGGGAGCUGGAUUCCCACGGACAACGACAAGGCAGACCUUGGGCUUGAAAGAUGA